GAGCUCGGGGUCCAGCUCGUCAGCGUCGGGAAGGGGCCCCCGCUGCUGCGUGUCCUGGGCUUCAAGCGCGACAUCCGGGUGGUCGCGAGGGACGUGCAGCAGGUGGUGGACAGUAAGAUCGCGGACGGGCGCCUGGCGCUCCAGUGCCGGGACGGCAGGCAGACGCUCCAGGUGGUCCUCUCGAAGGCGCAGCCGGCCCAGCUCGAGCUCGUCCUGCGCAGCCUGCGCGGCGGCGGCGCGGCGGGCGCGCAGAGCGCGGCCAGCGCCGGCGGCGGCGCGCCCCCCCAGAAGCGCGCCAGGACGAUUGCGACGCCCGCCCGGGGCGCACCCGCGGGCAGCGCGGGGCCGAGCGCGGAGGCCACGAAGGCAGCCGCGGGGCUGGAGGCGGCCGCGGGGCCGGGGCCCCGCGCCUCUGCGGCCAUCUCCCUCUGCGACUUCUCCGAGGAGGUGCUCCGCCUCGUGGUGUCCUUCGAGGCGCCCGGCCGCCUGCAGAGGCUCUGGGAGGCCUGCUCCCUCCUCGACGUGUUCGCCAGGGCGCGGCAGCCCGCGUUCCGGCUGAUGCCUUCCCGGGGCGCGGCCGUGCCUCCCGACCUCGUGAUCCAGCGGGUGGCGCGGCACACGAUGAUCAGGGAGCUCGACCUGUGCGGGUACCAGGACCUGCCAGCUUCCGCCACCAAGCCCCUCGCAGACGCGCUGGGUGGCGGCGGUGGUGGCGGCCUGAGAAAGCUCUGCCUCCGCGGCUGCAAGGCGCUGACGGACGCGGCGGUGCGGCGCCUGCUGCUCAGCUGCCCACGGCUCGAGGUGCUCGACCUGCUGGAGGUGCCGCGCCUGAGCGACCAGGCGCUCCAGGCGCCCCUCGGCGAGCUGCGCAUGCUGCUGGUCGGCACGCUCGGGCGGCCGCAGGUGGCGGUCGAGAGCGCCAGCGAGCAGAGUCGCAAGCGUCUGAUCGGCACCGUGGUCGCGCUGGGCAGCUGCGCGCCCGGGCCCCAGCAGCCGAGGCAGCAGAGAGUGCUGGGCACCUGCGACUUCACCUCGGCGCUCCUCGCGCGGCUGGCCAGGCCGCCGGCCGGCCCGGCCUCGGCAGCGGGAGGGCCGCGGGAGGGCGCCGGCGCCGCCCCGGUGGGCGGCUGCCCUCUGCUCGAGCACGUCGUGUUCGCGCACUGCGCCGAGGUGAGGGUGCUGCCGCGCCUGUCGGCCACGCUGCGCCACCUGGACCUGCGGGGCGCCUCGCUGCAGCUCCCGGCGGCGGCGGCGGAGAGCUGGCGCCCGCUCGCCGGCUGCAGGCAGCUGGCCGUGCUGAACCUGGCCCACAACGCGCUGCUCGGCGCCUCCGCGAUCGCCGCGUGCGUCGGCUCCCGGGUUCGCAUGUGGCCCCCUAUGAGCGCCCUCGACCUCUCCGACACGAGCGCGGACAGCGGCCUGCUGGCCGCGCUGCCCGCCAAGCAGCCCCGGCUCAGCCACCUGCGGGCCUCCGGGUGCCGCGGGCUCUCGGACGAGGUGCUGGCCGCGUGGCUGGGUGGGCUGGCCUGGCUGCAGGUCCUGGACGUGUCGCACUGCGACGCGCUCGACGAGCCCUUCGCGCUCGUGGCCGCGGCGCCUGCGGGCGCCGACGCGCCCGCGCCGGCCCCGAGGCUUCGGCUGCUGGGCGUCGGGGGGACGCGGCUGGCCACCUGCAUCGAGGAGACGCGCCGGGCACUCGGCCGCGUUGCCCCCGGCGCCGUGGCUCGCACGACCGCGCUGGACCUGUUCGACGGCUACCGGCUGCUGCCGCCGACCCUGUGCGGCGACGGGGGAGGAGCAGCCCAGGUCGCCCCGAGCGGGGCCGCCCCCGAUGCUGCGGCCGCAGCGGGCGGGGCCGGCGGAGCGCGCCGGGCGAGCGCCUGGGCACGCGCGGGCUCGUAG